CUAACUCAGCAUUUAACUCUCCUGUAAUUCUGUAAAUAAUCGAACUGUUGUCUGUAGGGUUCAAAAUUGGGAAAACUUUACUAAAAGACUUUUUGGGCGAUUCAGAGUUCAGCUUCUUCAAUCAAACCUGUCACUGUAAGGCUGGAAAAGAUGCGCAAACAAACACACACGACCUAGAAUAGACGCAUACCCGUUCCGUUGAUGGAUCCCAAGGGCUCAAAUCAGCAGGAGGAAGAUGAAAGGUUGUCGAACAUCCCACACCCCACCAGCAAGGCGAUGAUGAAUACGAGCAACAACACGGAUGAGAAUAGUAAUAAAAGAGCCGUAGCAGAGGUCAAAGACUUUCAGAUUAUGGUGGCCGACAAAGAAGAGGGCGGCAAGAGGCAGCAUCAGUUGGCUCCCCCAAAGCGAAGCUCCAAUAAGGACAGGCACACCAAAGUGGAAGGGCGAGGGAGGAGGAUUAGGAUGCCUGCUCUCUGCGCCGCCAGAAUCUUCCAGUUGACCCGAGAAUUAGGCCACAAAUCCGACGGAGAGACCAUUCAGUGGCUCUUACAGCAGGCGGAGCCGUCGAUUAUUGCGGCAACGGGGAGUGGGAGCAUGCCUGCCUCGGCCUUGGCGGCCGCCGGAGCUUCAAUUUCUAUGCCUAUGGCUAUAGGGAUGGGAUUGCAUAAUCAGAAUUUGGAUGAAUUGGGGGCUCAAGUUCAGAUAGGGGCCGUUGAUAGUAAUAGUAGGGCCGCUUGGCCAUUAAUUGGUGGGAAUUUAGGGAGACACCAUCAUAUGUCCACGCCGGGACUAUGGCCCCCAGCUGCCGCUUUUAUGUCAUCACCAUCCUCAUCUUCUUCAACUUCUACUACCAAUUUGGGAAACGAAACUUCAAAUUAUCAGCACAACAAGGGUGGAUUCCCCGGUUUUGACCUACCUUUCACCCAAAUCAAUCCCAUGAGUUUUACCUCACUUUUAAGUGCCACUAACCCUCAGCUUCCUGGUUUGGAACUUGGGCUAUCACAAGAUGCUCAUAUAGGGGCUUUAAACAAUCAAGCCUUGACCCAUAUUUAUCACCAGCAGCAGCAGAUGGAACAGCCCAGAAUGCAAGAACAGCCCAGAAUGCAAGAACAGCACCAACCCUCUCCUAAGGAUGAUUCUCAGGGAUCAGAAUAGUUGAUAUUCUUUAUACUAUAUUAUAGUAUGUGUUUUACUACUUGUGGAUAGCAUGAGUGACUUGUAUAUAUUGUAUACUGGCAGAGAGAAGGGUAUACAUUACACCUUAACUACUUGCCUUGAAUUUACCACUCAUCCUCCCCUUGGAACUUCAGGUGCUUAUUUCUUGUUUUCUUUAUUGUUCUACUACUGUAUAUUGUUUAUUUCUCUCUGUAUGGAGAUUUAGAGGCUGUCUAUCUAUGUUGUUGUUAUAUAUAGAGCCACUUCUGCUCUGGAUUUUGCAGGUGAAACAUUGCCAUUCAAGUAGUUUGCAUUUGCACUUAAUGUUAUGCUUGUUUCAAGAA